AUGUGGCCGGCCUCGUCUGAGCAGAACUCGGACGCCAAGCCCUCCGAGAGCGCCGCUGACUCCACGCGGCUUACCAAGAAGGGCAAGAAGAAGAAGACAGUGACUUGGCCUGAGGAGAGCAAGCUGCGGGAGUACUUCUACUUCGAGCUGGAUGAGACUGAGCUAGUCAACGUGAACAAGAUCAAGGACUUUGGCGAGGCAGCCAAGCGGGAGAUGCUGAAGGACCAGCACGCCUUCAAGACGGCGCGCCGGCUCAGCCAAGACGCCAUGGGGAAGAAGGUGCCCUGGGUUUACCCCAAGCUCAUCGACCUGCCUAGCCCCUUGGUGCAGCCGGGCAGCGGCAGCUGCGAGAAGUUCACCCAGGCCGAGAGGGAGAAGGGCAUCCUGCAGGAGAUCUUCCUCUCUAAGGAGAGCGUUCCAGACAGUCUCCACGAACCCGACCCGGAGUCGUACGAACCCCUGCCGCCCAAACUCAUCCCACUCGACGAGGAAUGCACCAUGGACGAGGCCGCCUACCAGGAAGGACUUGACUCAGCCGCCGCCUCGCAGUCUCUUGGCGGAUCCCGGGCCUCCAAGCUGCCUCCAGUGCUGGCCAACCUGAUGCCGGGCCCCGUGUUCCCCAAGAGCCCUCAGGACCCCAACCCCAGCUCCUCCAUGAACGUGCAGGAGAUCCGCCCCUCCAUCACGGGCGGGCCCAACAGCCACAAGACGGAGGAGCUAAUGAAGCAGCCGGAUUACUUGGACAAGAACACACACUUGCUUGGCAACCUCCAGACACAGCCCCCGGGGCCCUCAGGAGUGCCCCACGGGCUGCUGGGCCAAGGGCCUCUCGCCAAUGGAUUCCCACCUGGACCAAAGAACAUGCAGCAUUUCCCUCCCGGGGGACCAGGACCCAUGCCUGGUCCCCACGGUGGCCCUGGGGGUCCUAACAUGCUCCCAGGUACCAGCAUGCUUGGUGGGCCCAGGAUGAUGGGCCCUUGCCCUCCCCAGCAAGACAUGUCGCACCGCCCCGUGUGUCGCCACUUCAAGUUGAAAGGCAGCUGCAGGUACGAGAACAACUGUGCCUUCUACCAUCCCGGAGUGAAUGGGCCGCCCCAUUGCAGCACCCAGGGUCCUCCCCCCAGUCUGCCGACGCCCUGUGAAACCGCCCAACACAGCCGCCCCUGCUUCAUGGACUCUGGGGUGCCCGCUGUCAGACUUGGGCUGCAUCCACCACUUAUGGCUUCUGUGAGGCCUUGUAAUGCCCGGAAGAGGAAGAGGAAGAAGAAGAAGAAGCAACCCCCCCGAUGGCUGCUGCUACUGAGGAACCACUGCGGGGGGAAUUCCCCCCACAACUCAACUCCCUCCUGUAUUUUAACAUGAUGGUGGCGCUGAUGAGACAUGACUUUGCACCCCCCCAGUGACUUUUUGUAAGCACUAGAGCUGCCGCCUGUGGGUUGUUACCACUGUGUACAUCUCUGUGGAACUAGCAAAGGUGUAAAAGGGGGUGUUGCAUGGCUGCCCUACCCGGCUCCGGGCUGUGAUCUGUCCACAGGUUCGCCUGCUGCAGACCUAAUCUGAAGACAUUUUGCCUGGGGAGACUUGACCCUGAGGAGCAGCUGGCCACACUGCUUGGCUCCCCCCAGGGGUGAAAGUAACUUAAAGGACUUGCCGGUACGCCAGAGUCCUGUGGAGGGGGAGGGGCCUCAACCAGAAGAGGCGUGGCCUCUAUCAGAAGAGGUGGAGCCUUUAAAUCCCAGGGCUUUUAAAUCAGGAUUUAAAGGGCUUAGUGAUUCAGCUAAAGCUAGGAGUUGGGCCCUUUAAAUCACCCUCGGAGCUACCAGCUGCAGAGGCGGCUGGGAGCCCUGGGGUUUGGGCAGGGGUGAAAGUAAUUUACAUUUCUGACCCAUAUGGUCCAAUCACAAGCAACCCACCUC